AUGAAAGCCGACAAAUUAGAGAAACUGCAAUGGAUAAGUAAGUUUCAAACCGUUUUUUUAAUACAAACUAUUUCAUUUUUGAAACGUGAAAAUGCAGCUGCAGGCAAUGAUGAGAACAAUAACGAAGAAAGCAACGUAGUUUCCGUGGCGAAAAAGAAAAAGUAUGAGAUCAAAUUUAAGAGGGAGUGGGCAUCCAAGUACAAUUGGCUCCAAGAAGACUCUACCGCAAAGCAAGGUAAGAGGUGCAUGAUAUGCGGUGUUCCAAUUUACGGCAAUAUGUUUCACAUCGAUCGGCAUGCAAAUUCAGACCUCCAUAAAAAAAAUGCUAAUAUUGCUAAAGCAACCUUAAAAAUUUCGAGUUUUACUAAGCCGAAUAGCGAGGAAAUGGAAUUAAGUCGCUCAGCAAAGGCAAUGGAGAUUCGUUUGUGUAUGUUCGUUGCUGAGCACAAUUUGCCAUUUACUGCUUUGGACCAUUUGGCAAAAUGUAUUAAAACGGUAAAAGAUUCACGCAUAAUUUCAAACCUGAGCAUAAAUAGACAUAAGGGUCAAAAUAUUAUAAAGUCAGUCAAUGGUCCUGAAAACUGCAGACAAAUUUCUGAAAUAACAAAACAACAAUAUUACUCCGUGAUCAUUGAUGAAAGCACUGACAUUUCCAUGGACAAAAACUUAGCAGUUAUAAUUAGAGUUUUUACGAACAAAUGUAGAGAUAGAUUUUUGGACUUUGUUCAAGUGUCUGAUUCUUCUUCCGCCGGAAUUUUCAAUGCGCUUUUAAAAGUUUUGAAUGAUCAUGAUAUUCCGUUGAGCAAUCUAUUGGGAUUUACGGCAGAUAAUUGCGGUGUCAUGAUGGGCAAACGAAAUGGCGUCCAAGCAAAAUUAAAAGAAAUUUGCCCUAAAAUCUUUGUUAUUGGCGAUGUAUGCCACAACCUUAAUCUAUCGUCCGAGGCAGCUGCAUCAGUUCUUCCACAAGAAAUAGAAAAGUUAAUUCGCUCUAUAAAUCACCACUUCUGUCAUAGCGCUAGUAGAAAAAUAGAGUUUGAAAAAUUUCAAGAAGAUUUUGGAAGUGCGGUUCAUAAGAUUUUGCGAUUUAGUUCAACACGAUGGCUUUCGCGGCAGUCGUCAUUUAUACCGCCUUAA